GAAGUGCGUAACGCAGCCUAAACUUCACAAUAAAGCUUAGAAGUAAUGCCAAGUACGUAUAAAAAAUCUAGGGUCCGGACAGAGCUUACAUAAUGUAUUUUGGAUUUGAUUAUAGUUGAGGGGACUUGGUUGUCUUUGCAGAGAGGAAAGACCAAAGGAGUGUAUAUGUGUGGGUUGGUGGGGGACUUGAAGAUGGAUAGGCUUUGCAUUUGCGGUGAUUUUUAAAUGGUAGCAAAUGCAGUGUACCUUGUCUUGUGGUCCGUGUGCUUGUCCAGCUCAAUUUCGUCUGGCAUUGCAAUUACGCGGUUUGGUGCCAUCUAUUCAUUUGUCCCUUCCUUUUCAUGCACAAAUAUCGUUUCUCUUGCUUUCCCCUUUCGUCGCAAACCGACUCAAGGGCACUUCUUUUCCUGUUUUGGAAGGAUGAGUUAUGAGUUUUAAGCAAACUUCUUGACGUCCUUUCUCUCUAGAAUUUAUGGUGCUCACAGGGACACACACUCCAAAAUAGGGAUGAGCUUUUCCGUCCUGUCCACAGGGACCACAUCACGCUCCAUAUAAUGAGCUGAUACCACCACCGAUAUGGCAUGUCGCUCAGCAACUCUUCUCCUGCUAGCUUUGUUGCUCUUCUACAUAGCCCAGGCCUCAUCCGAUGCCAGGAUUGAAGAACAAGAUACCCAUAUGGAGGUGGUGAAAGGUCCCAACAGAAGGCUGCUGCCUUUCGUCGGUAUAGAGCAUUUCUAGUUUUGUCAAUCUUUUUAAGUCUAGUUUCAUUCAUUGUUAAGUGGAAAAAAGGGAUUUCUGUACUUUCUAACUGUAGUCAAUUGAUUCUGGAUUAGAUGCUUCCAUGUGCCAUGGGGGUUUAGAUUUAUUUGUGUCCUAUUGUUAUUAGGUCCCUUUGGAUAUACGCUACAAGGUUCUUGUAAAACUUUCUUUUUGGUGUAGAUUGUGGACGGUUAUGCAAGGUGAGAUGCAGCUUGCACUCGAGGCCAAAUGUCUGCACCAGAGCAUGUGGGACCUGCUGCGCCAGGUGCAACUGUGUUCCUCCGGGCACCUCAGGGAACAGAGAGGUGUGUGGAAGAUGCUAUACUGAUAUGAAAACCCAUGGAAACAAGCCCAAGUGCCCUUGAUUCCCAUCUUUUUUCAAGACAAAUCGUAAUUAAGUUGUAUGUCCUGUUCCUGUGUGUUUCAAUGUUCUGUUGGGUUUUUAAUCCUACCAUGUUGUUGUAUCUAUUACGGUUGAAAUGUAGUUCCAAAGACGCUCAGUUUUCCAUGUGCAAUCUCAUCAAUUCCUUUGCAGAGUGAGUAGUUGGACAAUCUUAAAUAGAGUAUAAUUGAACAAUUCUCUAUAGCCAAUUUGGCAUUCUGCCAACCAAUGUGUGGGGGAAUUAUAAAUGAGAUAUAUUAUG